AUGCCCCAGAACGAUCCCGAUUUUUCAUCUAUCAAAAUAAUUGCGACACAGUACUCUGAUUCAUUUUUCAAUGAAGUGAUCAUUGAGUCUCUAACCCACGGCAUGUAUGCGGCGUUGCUUUCUAUUGUACUGUGGCAAAUUCUGUCGAGCGCAACUAUCUAUAGGCGGCAAGUGAAGAUCCUCGCUGGGGUCUCAGUGUUCAUGUACAUCCUGGCGAUAAUGCACCUUGCCAUGUUUUGGUUCUAUGCUAGAUGGACAUUCAUAACAAAAGGAGAGACAGAAGAAAAGAGGUACUUCACCUUCAUGAACUAUAUAGCCUCUGGCCACCUUAUAUGGGCCGUGAUGAUCUGCAAUAUCGUGGAAAGCACCAAUAUAUUGGUUGCGGAUUGUGUUAUCAUUUGGAGGUGCUGGAUUAUCUGGGAAAAGAACUGGAGGAUCAUCGUCCUUCCUUGCAUAUGCACAUUAUGCGGACUGAUCUUUGGGAUUUUAGUCAUCCUUCAGCAGCUGGUAUCUUCGAACAAUUUGCAGAAAAAUCUUUCAAAGGGAAACUGGGCAAUGGCGUAUUAUGUUAUGGCACUGCCCACAACAGCCAUGUGUACUGCGCUUAUCGUGUACCGGCUGACUAAGGUCAGCAAGACUAGGAAUUCUCCACACUUCACGCCAAACCCAUAUCACCAUGUCAUAGAGAUGCUGGUGGAAUCAUCAGGUUUGUAUGUGGUUGUACUGGCGGUCUUCAUUGUGUUCGAAGCGAUGAAUAGUCCAUAUAGUAAUUAUCCAGCAGCAGUACUUCAGUCGGCCAUUGGAAUUGCCCCGGCAUUAAUACUCCUUCGUGUUGUGUCCAGGAACACCACCAGUACAGGUCCGCCUAGCGAUAAUAUGCAUUCGCGCCCUUUCAAGCGCCUAGUGAGAUUGCAAACGGGAGGCAGUGAAAGGGGCACUGGUUAUAAUGAUGUGAUGAUCAUUGGUCCAGAAAAGACGGUCCAGGUGAUAUGA